CGCCCGCUCGGUCGCCGCCGCCGCCGCCACGAUGCCGGUGUUUCACACGCGCACGAUCGAGAGCAUCCUGGAGCCGGUGGCGCAGCAGAUCUCGCACCUGGUGAUCAUGCACGAGGAGGGCGAAGUGGACGGCAAGGCCAUCCCCGACCUCACCGCGCCCGUGGCCGCCGUGCAGGCGGCCGUCAGCAACCUCGUCCGGGUUGGAAAAGAGACUGUACAGACAACGGAGGAUCAGAUUUUGAAAAGGGACAUGCCACCAGCUUUUAUUAAGGUGGAAAAUGCUUGCACCAAGCUUGUCCAGGCGGCCCAGAUGCUUCAAGCUGAUCCUUAUUCUGUGCCGGCUCGUGAUUAUCUUAUUGACGGAUCCAGGGGCAUCCUCUCUGGAACAUCGGACCUCCUGCUUACCUUUGACGAGGCCGAGGUCCGCAAAAUCAUCCGUGUGUGCAAAGGAAUUUUGGAAUAUCUGACGGUGGCAGAGGUGGUGGAGACUAUGGAGGAUUUGGUUACAUACACAAAGAAUCUGGGGCCAGGAAUGACAAAGAUGGCAAAAAUGAUUGAUGAAAGGCAGCAGGAGCUGACUCAUCAGGAACACAGAGUCAUGUUGGUGAAUUCAAUGAACAUGGUGAAAGAGUUGCUGCCAGUCCUCAUUUCAGCCAUGAAGAUUUUUGUAACCACAAAAAACUCAAAGAGCCAAGGUAUAGAAGAAGCCUUGAAAAAUCGCAACUUUACAGUGGAAAAGAUGAGUGCUGAAAUCAAUGAAAUCAUCCGUGUGUUACAGCUUACCUCCUGGGAUGAAGAUGCAUGGGCUAGCAAGGAUACGGAAGCCAUGAAGAGGGCAUUGGCCUCCAUAGAUUCCAAACUGAACCAGGCUAAAGGUUGGCUUCGGGAUCCCAGUGCCUCUCCAGGAGAUGCCGGUGAGCAGGCCAUACGACAGAUCUUGGACGAAGCGGGAAAAGUUGGCGAACUCUGUGCAGGCAAAGAACGCAGAGAGAUCUUAGGAACCUGUAAAGUACUGGGGCAAAUGACUGAUCAGGUGGCUGACUUCCGAGCCAGAGGACAAGGAGGCACACCAACGGCCAUGCAGAAAGCUCAGCAGAUAUCUCAGGGGUUAGAUAUGCUUACGGCAAAAGUGGAAAAUGCUGCUCGCAAGCUGGAAGCUAUGACCAACUCAAAGCAGAGCAUUGCUAAAAAGAUUGAUGCUGCUCAGAACUGGCUUGCUGAUCCAAAUGGGGGUCCCGAAGGAGAAGAACAGAUCCGAGGAGUUUUGGCCGAAGCCAGGAAAAUCGCAGAACUAUGUGAUGAUCCUAAAGAAAGAGAUGAUAUUCUGCGCUCUCUUGGGGAAAUCUCUGCUCUGACCACUAAACUCUCGGAUCUACGGCGACAAGGGAAAGGAGACUCUCCAGAGGCCCGGGCUCUGGCUAAGCAAGUAGCCACAGCACUGCAGAAUCUUCAGUCGAAAACCAACAGGGCUGUGGCCAACAGUAGACCUGUCAAAGCUGCCGUUCAUUUAGAGGGCAAGAUUGAGCAGGCCCACAGGUGGAUUGAUAAUCCUACAGUAGAUGACCGUGGUGUGGGUCAGGCUGCAAUACGGGGCCUUGUGGCAGAAGGGCAUCGUCUUGCCAAUGUCAUGAUGGGACCUUAUCGUCAAGAUCUUCUUGCUAAAUGUGACCGAGUGGAUCAGCUAGCAGCCCAGCUAGCUGAUCUGGCUGCAAGAGGAGAAGGAGAGAGUCCUCAGGCCAGGGCUCUUGCUUCUCAACUCCAGGAUUCCUUAAAGGAUCUAAAAUCGAGGAUGCAGGAGGCUAUGACUCAGGAAGUGUCGGAUGUUUUCAGUGACACUACAACUCCCAUCAAGCUCUUAGCGGUAGCAGCCACUGCUCCUCCUGAUACACCCAGCAGAGACGAGGUGUUUGAAGAAAGGGCAACUAACUUUGAAAAUCACUCAGGAAGGCUUGGUGCAACAGCAGAGAAGGCGGCUGCAGUCGGAACUGCUAAUAAAACAACGGUUGAAGGUAUUCAAGCUUCAGUGAAGACCGCAAGAGAACUCACACCCCAGGUAGUCUCAGCUGCCCGCAUUUUACUAAGAAAUCCUGGAAAUCAAGCUGCUUAUGAACAUUUUGAAACCAUGAAGAACCAGUGGAUUGAUAAUGUAGAAAAAAUGACAGGUUUGGUGGACGAAGCCAUUGAUACCAAGUCACUUCUGGAUGCAUCAGAGGAGGCAAUUAAAAAAGAUCUUGAUAAAUGUAAAGUAGCCAUGGCCAACAUCCAACCCCAGAUGUUGGUGGCUGGGGCCACCAGCAUUGCUCGACGAGCCAACCGGAUUCUUUUGGUAGCCAAACGGGAGGUGGAAAACUCAGAGGAUCCUAAAUUUCGGGAAGCUGUGAAAGCUGCUUCUGAUGAACUAAGCAAAACCAUCUCCCCAAUGGUAAUGGAUGCUAAGGCUGUGGCAGGAAACAUAUCUGACCCUGGACUGCAGAAGAGCUUUUUAGAUUCAGGAUAUCGGAUUCUGGGAGCUGUGGCCAAGGUCAGAGAAGCCUUUCAACCUCAAGAGCCUGACUUUCCUCCUCCUCCCCCUGAUCUGGAACAUCUCCGGCUGACUGAUGAGCUUGCUCCUCCCAAACCCCCUCUGCCCGAGGGAGAGGUCCCCCCACCCAGACCCCCACCACCUGAAGAGAAAGAUGAAGAAUUUCCUGAGCAGAAGGCGGGGGAGAUGAUUAACCAGCCAAUGAUGAUGGCUGCCAGGCAGCUCCAUGAUGAAGCUCGCAAAUGGUCUAGUAAGCCGGGUAAGGAAGCCGCUGAGGCUGGUAUAGGUGUAGCUGAGGUGGACGAUGCAGACGCUGUUGAGUACACUCUCCCCUCUGACUUGGAAGAUGAUUACGAGCCCGAGCUGCUGUUAAUGCCAACCAGUCAGCCCGUUAACCAGCCCAUUCUGGCCGCUGCUCAGUCUCUGCAUCGGGAAGCAACGAAGUGGUCUAGUAAGGGGAAUGACAUCAUUGCAGCCGCAAAGAGGAUGGCCCUUCUGAUGGCCGAGAUGUCUCGUCUGGUGAGGGGGGGCAGUGGCACCAAGAGGGCCCUGAUCCAGUGUGCCAAAGACAUCGCGAAAGCAUCCGAUGAGGUGACGCGGUUGGCAAAGGAGGUCGCCAAGCAGUGCACGGACAAGCGCAUCCGGACCAACCUUUUACAGGUCUGUGAGCGGAUCCCAACCAUCAGUACACAGCUCAAAAUCCUGUCCACGGUCAAAGCCACGAUGCUGGGAAGGACCAACAUCAGUGAUGAGGAGUCGGAGCAGGCAACCGAGAUGUUGGUUCAUAAUGCACAGAACCUUAUGCAAUCAGUGAAGGAGACCGUCAGAGAAGCAGAAGCAGCUUCGAUUAAGAUUCGAACAGACGCUGGAUUCACUCUGCGCUGGGUUAGAAAAACUCCAUGGUACCAGUAGACACUGGCUGUGCCCCAGGGUGCAAUGCCACCCCUUCUAGAAACACACCUUUUAAGCAGAAGAGAAUAUUUUCAGCUGCUGCUAGGGCAGCACACGUUUCUGGGUCGUGCCUCGUCCUCAGGGCAUUUGCCAUGAUGCCCGGGCUCAGAAGCAAAAAUCUCCAUAUUUGGCUUGCUCACAUUUGAAACUUUACGUUCUCUUUUGCUUUUGAGGAUUUCUUUCUGAUGUAUUGCCAUAGAAAAGUGUGUAUUCUCCAACCCAGUUAUCCCGUUGCGCAUCGUAUAUCACAACCGCCAGUCCGUGAAUAUAGCACACGGGCAUCACGUAAGCUCAACUGCAGUUUGGAACACUACCGGGGGUGGGGAGGGUGGGGGGUAGUACUUUCAUCCAGUUCAGCUGCCCUGUGGACCCCCCCCUUUCUGCCUCCCAGUAAUAAGCAUCUUGCUCACCCUCCCCUAGGAUUGGGGGCACAUGUACAUGGGAGAUAAAGCCCCACAAAGGGGAAAUCACUUGAGAUAAGAAAACCUCUUUCCUUACUCUGGAUGUUCUUGGUGAGCCAGCGCUUAGAACAGUGCUUUGCACAUAGUAAGCGCUUAACAAAUACCAUUAUUAUUAUUAUCAUGCUGAUCAUUGGACUCAAUAUUCCAUUUCCCUGGGCCUUGGUAGGGCACAUCCAGAUCUAGGCUUUGCUGUGGAAGGGCAGAUGGGAUCCGCUACACCAUCGAUAGCUGGAAAACAGUCCUGACCAUAAUUAUGGUCUUCAAGUGCUUACUAUGGAGCAAGAUCUGUACUGAGCACUGGGGUAUAUACGAGAUAUUCAGGUUGGACACCAU